UCCCAUUAUCACUUACAGCUUCCGACUCACUCGUCUUUUUCCAUAUAAGCAAAACACUCACUUCACAGAUCCAAAUACUCACUUCAUAGAUCCAGUUCCACACUUUCUCUGAAAAUUUCCCUUCCCCGCUCACAUCCCCCAUUACAUCCCCAUUCUCAGCUCACCUCACUCGCCUUUCCAAGAAAAAAACAAAAACAAAAAGAUUAAAAAAAAAAAUCUCUUUCAGAGAUCCACCAGUUUCCCGAGAAAGUUUUAAAUUUUCCCGGAAAAAUCUCAACUUUAUCAUUGAUGGCGAAUGCUUGGAAAAGGGAAAAACCUUCGCAUUUCCACCUCUCCAAGACCAUCUGCUUACUCUUCAUUAGCACCCUUCUUUUCCUCAUGUUCUUCAUCUAUCUCUCCACCCAACCCUCAAACCCUAUCACCAACCCCACCUUCAAAUCCGAUUUCCCAUUCUACCCAUUUCCACCUUUCAAUUGCUUGAAGUGCCCCCAAUCCCACCCCGUGAUUGCCAACCUCGUGGAGGGCCUCCGAUAUCCCUUCCUCUACUCGCUCUCCGACCUUGGAACCCUGCCCGAUAAGCCCCACAAGAACAUUGUCAGAAUGCUCAAAGGGAAACUCUUUCGGAAGCCCGAUAUCUCUGUUUCGGUCCAGGAGGUCCUGGAGAAGCUGAGGGGUGAAGGGAGAGAUAAUGGGGUUGUUGUGGAUGUGGGUGCCAAUGUGGGUAUGGCCAGCUUCGCUGCCGCGGCGAUGGGGUUUAGGGUUUUGGCCUUCGAGCCGGUGUUCGAGAACUUGCAGAGGAUUUGUGAUGGGAUUUAUCUGAAUCGGGUCGGGGAUUUGGUCACCGUGUUCGAGGCUGCCGCGUCGGACCGGAGUGGGAACAUUACGUUCCACAAGUUGGUUGGCCGGCUUGACAAUAGUGCUGUUUCAGCGACUGGUGCGAAGAUGGCAUUCAAAUCCAAUGAAGAGAUAGCACUUCAAGUAAGGUCCAUACCCCUUGAUGAAGUAAUUCCUGAGUCAGAGCAUGUGCUUCUGAUUAAAAUAGAUGUUCAGGGCUGGGAAUAUCAUGUGCUGAAAGGGGCCUCAAAGCUACUAAUGAGAAAGGGAAGGGAAGCCCCGUAUCUCAUCUAUGAGGAAGAUGAGCGACUGUUGCAAGCCAGUAAUAGCAGUGCCAAAGAGAUUCGAGACUUCCUACAAACUGUGGGUUAUAAUCAUUGCACCCUGCAUGGUACGGAUGCGCACUGUACCAAGAGUGGUUGACAUUAUUUUCCUCCUUAAAGUUUGAAGGGAUUUGGCUUAGGUGCUGUAUUUCAACGGUUCAGAUUUUAUUCCAAGUUUCUUAGAGGUGCUGAAAGGCAUACAACACCUUAUCUCUUAAGUGAGAAAAACCAGAUAAAUUGGUCAGAGGCCCUGAUGACUCUCUGUGACACGGUUGGCGAUUGCAUGGUUCAAAGUCAGCUUCUGUACUGCUCAGAGGAAACAUAUAUGAAGACAGUGACGGUACAUGUACAGAGCGUUUGGGUUUGGAAGAAGCUGCUGUGGGCUUGCAUGCUAGUUAGAUUUUGUUGGCUGUGCAUUUAUUUGUAAGCCUAAUUUUGUUAUUUGAUCUUGUAUGGACUCCUAGUUAGCAACAAAUUCUCAUAAGAAAAAAAUGAAAUUUUCUGAAAUGAAAGUGGAGAGUAUUCAUAUC